ACUCGCGCGCCUCAGCUCGCAUCAUAUCCACGACCGAACGACCGACGCCCGCGCCCGGUGUCGUAUUACCGCUCUAAAAAUAUCCCGCGAGCGCGAUCGCCUAUUUAGAAACGGUCGCGCGGCUUGUUUUGAACCAGUGAUUGACAGUGUCAAGUGAAGAAACCCUCGGGUUCCGCGAAUUAUCGACCGCAGACAUGGCACAGUUGAUAACUGUGCGGCUGAAUAAGUCCGACCAGCAGCCGUUGGGCUUUCGGCUGCAAGGUGGCAAGGACUUCGGCACACCCCUCGUCGUGCAGAAGGUGAACGGCGGCAGUGCAGCUGAGCGAGCGGGCCUACAGGCUGGUGACGCACUCAUCCGCGUCAACAACACCGAUGUUUACACACUGCGCCACCAGGAGGCGCAGGACGCUAUACGAGCGGCUGGCACAGCUCUAGAGCUCACUGUGCAACGCGGCGGCGGUACCUGGAGACCCAGCGUUACUCCUACAGGAAGUCUACCUCGCCCUGGCACCAGACCACUAGGGUCUACACCCACGCCUGUCACCAACACCUCGCUGAAGGCAACACCGCAGCCGUCACGUAACUUCGGCUCUGGACAUAACAAUGUUGCCAAACCAUUUGGAUACAUGAAUGGUGGCGGUGACGCAGUCAAGAGCAUCGUUAACAAACAGUAUAAUACACCUGUCAAUAUGUAUAGCGACAAAACGAUCGCAGAGACCCUCUCAGCUCAAACUGAAGUCCUAGCGGGAGGUGUCCUUGGAGUAAAUUUCAAGAAAAAUGAGAAAACAUAUGAUGCUGAAAAGAGUGCCGUAUUCAAAGUGCUGCAGGAAGCUGAAAACGAUCCUGAACCAGUAGAAGUGGCUCCGAGUGCCGCGCCACCUGUGAGCGGUCUACGGCACGUGCCGGCGCCGGUUACCCGUCCCGACGCGCCCAUCAACAAUACCGGUGGAUUACCCCCCGGACAGAAUAUAUGCGAGGAGUGCGAACGACUCAUCACCGGCGUAUUCGUGCGCAUCAAGGAUAAGAACUUGCACGUGGAAUGUUUCAAGUGCUCGACUUGCGGUACUUCGUUGAAGAACCAGGGUUACUACAAUCUAAACGGCAAGCUAUACUGCGACAUCCACGCUAAGUUGGUGGCUCGUCAGAAUCCGCCCGCGCCGAACCUAGACCCCGUAACUGUGCCACCUGGUGGUCGUCUGCCCACAAACACUUAUUCGACCCCAUUACCCCCACUCUCGACCAACAAUUACACAAACGGUUCAUCAUCCCUCUUUAGUCCGUCCAGCAACCUGUCGGGACCGAAGCCGUUCGGCUCGUCUAUCGGGUCUGCGUACUCGCCGUCUCUGUCGCCGCGGUCGGCGCCGAUGUCGCCCGCUCGGCCCGUCGCUGCGCCCGCGCCCGCUCCCACUCUCGCUCCCGUCCCUGCGCCAUUCGCACCGAAGGUCCCAGUGUCCCUUUUUAAAGGUUCCAGUGUAGGAGCUGCAGCUCGCGGCAAAACUUUUGGUGUCUCUUCCGCACCCAAACGAGGAAGGGGGAUAUUGAAUAAAGCUGCGCUGCCCGGCUCUAGAGUGCCCCUUUGCGCUUCCUGCAAUGGGAAUAUUAGGGGACCGUUUAUAACGGCCUUGGGUCGCAUUUGGUGCCCCGAGCAUUUCAUCUGCGUAAACGCUACCUGCAGACGUCCGCUACAAGACAUCGGCUUCGUAGAAGAGAACGGCCAACUUUAUUGUGAAUACUGUUUUGAACAAUACAUUGCACCAGCAUGCGACAAGUGUCACGCUAAAAUCAAAGGCGACUGUUUGAAUGCCAUAGGAAAACAUUUCCAUCCAGAGUGUUUCAACUGUGUUUACUGUGGGAAAUUAUUCGGUAACAAUCCAUUCUUCUUAGAAGAUGGUUUGCCAUAUUGUGAAGCAGACUGGAAUGAGCUGUUCACGACGAAAUGUUUCGCUUGCGGAUUCCCUGUGGAGGCAGGCGACAGGUGUGCAAAAAGAACCUCGAAGGACAGAGUUUCUUCGCCAAGGGAGGUCGGCCUUUCUGUAAGACGCACGCCCGCUAGUCCCCCGCAAAUAAUAUACAACUCUGACACUGUUUAUUCGACUACCACCUUCCGUCCCGUGUCUCCUUCUCCUAUAACGCCACCGGCUCCCGAUACUCCUUCACCGCAACGUACAAGAAAGUUGGAAACACCCCUCCACUUCGAGGGAGGGCUGUUUUCCGAUAUAAGAAGUAAAGAUGGGAAGUUACUCAGUAAAGUAACGGUCGAUCGAUUACACAGUUCGACGCGCCACGAUAUCACGGAUUCUCCUAGCGUGUUUGAAAGUAUCGGAUCAGACGGCAACAGGGAUUAUGUUAACGAUAUCGUCAAAACUGAAACAAUUACAAACGAAGACGUAAUAAAGAUUAAAUUUACGCCCGUGCCGCCCGAAAUAGAGUCGCCUAGGCUACUCACUCCAUCGCAAUUUCACGUCAGUCCAACCAAAACACCAGUGGAGUAUUUAAAAGAUUAUGAAGAUUUACAGAGUUAUAAGAUUGUUAGUUCUUUAUGUAAAGAGAAACAUUUCGAUACCGAUUCAUUAAAGGAGAAAAGUUUUGAUCAUCUGGCUGCUACUGAGCCAGUGAAACGGUCUCAUAGCCCAUUGGCUAACUUCCUAGUACCUGAACAAUUAACCAAAAUUGAUACUCAUUUACAAGAAAGUUUAAAUGCAUGCUUACCAGGUGAAGAUAAAAGACAGAUGACUCUUGUACAAGUUAAAUUAGAAGGAGACACUGAGGUGGAAAGAAAAGAAACAGAAUAUUCAACUAAAGAAGAAACAUGUACCAAGAAAGCUUUUAGUAGUUACCGAUUUGAGAAAACAACUAGUGGUUGUGAAAUCCCGCCCGAAACACUGCAACAACGAAACAUUUCUGAACCGACCAGUUAUAUACCUAGAGAUGAAAUGAUUAUAGAGAGAAACGUCACAAUAAACAGUGUCAAGGAAAAUCAAGGAAUCUUGAGUGCUAUAUAUAAUAUGCCGAUACAUUAUCACGCAGCCAUCUUGUGUUUUAUAUUAAUUGUAUAUAAUCUUAUAUUUCAGUAUAUUAAAAAAAACUGUCAUGGUCAAAAGUGAAAAUAUAUUCAAUUAAAUAUUAAUAAACAUAUAUGCAUAUAUACUAGUCAUUGAGUAGGAACAAUUACUGUUGAUUUAAAUUACUACUUCUCGCUUAAGUUUAUUUAAUAAUGAAAUAGGAAGAUGUAAAUAAUCACGUACAAUGAAUUCCUCUCUUCUUUAGUGUAACAUCAAUAAUUAAUUAUUAACAUUUUGGUGCUUGACACUACCAUAAAUGCUGCAGUAUACAAUCUUGUCUAAUUUAAAUUUAAGGCUUAUGUAUACAGCUUCCGGAAUGUUGCAGUGAAUUGUCACUAACAUUAACAAUGUAAACCUAAUUUAAACAAAAUUAUGAUGUAGGCCCACGAAAAAAAGGUUGAUAAUCAGAAUAUUACAUUGGUGCACCAACUUAUUAUGUUACGUCAAUAUCAUAUUCAAUUAAUUCUUUCAUAAUAUUAUUCGAAACAUGUAAUACUAUUUAAUUUUUUAAUCAUUCUAAUAUCUAACGGUUAUUAUUAUAUAAUCGAUAAGUUUUACCGUAUACAAUUUUACGUAUAAUUAUUAAUUAAUUAAGCAAUUGCAAGAAAAAUAAAAUAUUUGUAAACUUUUUUAUCUACAGUUGAUUGUAAUGUUAUUUUAAGAACUAUUUAUUUAGAAAUUAUUGCAAUUAGCAUACAAACACAUAAUAUUAUGUGAGCUUAAAUAAAGUAUUUUAUUUUAUGAA